CGGAACGCUGCUGGGACCUCUACCGAGAGCGCACAGUGAUCCUUUCAUACGGGACAAACUCAGGACGGUUUUCACCAAAAUGGGCUGAGUGGGAGUCAGAGUGACGGUGCUUUCGGAGUUCUGAGUGUUCUGUGUGAAAAAAAGAACUCUCUGUGUCGCCUCCUAAGAUGUUUCCUCACCACAGAGAAAGGGAGAAGCCCAUCUUCAGCACACGGGCCCAUGUUUUCCAGAUCGACCCUGCCACUAAGAGGAACUGGAUCCCUGCCAGCAAACAUGCUGUCACUGUGUCAUUCUUUUUUGACGUCAACCGUAACGUGUACCGGAUCAUCAGUGUGGGUGGGACCAAGGCAAUUAUCAACUGCACCAUUACACCCAGCAUGACGUUCACCAAGACCUCACAGAAGUUUGGUCAGUGGGCUGACAGCAGGGCCAACACGGUUUAUGGUCUGGGCUUUGCUACAGAGCAGCAGUUGCAGCAGUUCUCAGAGAAGUUCAAGGAGGUGAAAGACGCAGCUCGUCUGGCACGAGACAAGUCUCAGGACAAAGAACUGGCCAAUACUGCCCUUACCAUCGCCGCCCCUCAGUUUUCACAGGACCUCUUGGAUGACCUCCAGUCUCCACCGGUGAUGUGUGUGAACGGACCAGAGGACAAGUUGUUCCGCAGCCAAAGUGCAGACAUCACCUUGUCUGUAGAGAAGGAGCGCAUUAAGAAGAUGCUGUCUGAAGGGUCUAUUUGCGAGUUCAACCUGGAAGCUGAGCUCUUCACUCUGCAGGACAGCAACUCCAAGCUGGUGGCAGCGUUGCAUGAAGCGAACGCUAACGUGGAGCAGUGGAAGAAACAGCUAGCAGCAUAUCAGGAGGAGACUGAGAGACUACGAGAACAGGUGGCUGACCUGGAGGCCCAUGGGGGCCACGGCCCCUCUGACAUGCUGAAGGAUGAGCUGACCCAUUCACUGGAGGAGCUGGAGGCCCUGCUUAAGGCCAAAGAUGAGGAAAUCCAUAUUUUACAAAGCAAGAAAUCACAAUAUCAUGAAAUGGAACACGAGAGAGACAAGGCCGUACACCGAUUACAGGAAAUGGAGAUGCGUAAUUCCGAGUUGGAGCGACGCGUCCAGAAUACAGAGCAGAACCUGAAUUGCUCACUAGAGGAACGAGAUCGCAUGGACUCUGAGAUCCAGAGGGCCAUUGAAAUUCUGGACAUCAAGAUCUUUGACCUAAAUGACCUCCGCCAGAGUUUAGUUAAAAUCAUUGAUAAAUAGGACAGACGAGGGGAAAAGUGAGAAGCACAACGUGUGAAAGGGAUGGAAACGAUGACGCCAGGGUAGUGUGAAGACACAGAACAAGAUGGUGGUGGUCCCUGUCGUUUUCCAGCACAAGAACCAGUUCAUCCGCACAAAGGCUUAUUCAUGUGUCUGUCGCAGUCACGUCUUAGCUGUACUCGACAACAUGCUGUAAGUUGCACUGUUGGACUCGGCAACAGCAGCAUCAUAUGCACAGUGUCGCUUAUCAGAGCCAAUCUGAUGCUGAUGAUCAUGUAGCUUUCAGCAGUAAAAUUCAGUGCAAUAAACCAACUAUAAGGUAAGUACUUCACAGAAUUCCACAUUUAAAUACAGUCCUGGUUAUGUAUACUUUAAGUACCAAAUUUAAAAUAUGUUUUAAAAAAUGCAAAUGAUCCAAUUCUAUAGCCAGUUUUCUUAAGACAAGUCAGGGGAUGGAUACAUGUACAUUUCCAAGGCAUUAAGAAAUGCAAACAGUAUCUGACUGAUGUGGGUAGUUCUCAAAAACAGAGUGGCUGUGCAAAAAGGAGGCUUGUGUGGGAAGCCAAAAAGAUAUCAUGACAACUCUGAAGCAGUUAUAUAAGCUUGGAGAUGAGCGAGACAACACACAGUGCAGCUUUCAUUUGUUGCUG